AUACUACUUCAUUGCCAUGGUAAUUACCAGGAGAUCGGCAGGGAAUGGUUUGGUCCACCCUCAAGACGUGGAAUUAGCCGAGAAUGGGAAAGCGAUUCAAGCGAUACCAAUCAAGCAUCGAAGUAAAUCAGAAUCAAUUACUUCUUCGAAGAAAUCGCAAUUUUCAGAAGGAGGCGUUCUUGAACCAAGCCAGAAUCCACCCAAGAAAAAAGAAACACGAGGGCGUAAACGAAAGGAUCAAUUGCCUGAUCCAUUAGGAGCUCCACUUACACCUAAAGUUGAAACCAGGGGUCGAAAGAGAAAAUUACCAAUGGAUGGUCCUACACCAAAAAGGGUACAAAACGAUGCCAAUUCACCUCCUGACGAGUCAAGAGACAACACUGUUCGUCGUCUUGUCAAACAUGACAUCAAUCAUUUGUUGACGGAUGAUACUCCUCCACCGCUUGUUAUGCAAAAUAGUGCGGAAAAUUCGUCUGUGGUGGUAAGUAAUGGACGCAUACCCAUAACAUCAAUUAUAUCCCAGAAAAUAGAUGGCUCGGGUGAGCAAGGCUUAAGUGCAGAGCCUUUAGCUUCAAGCGGCUCUUCCACUCUCUCAAUGUCCACAGAUACCACAUUGAGCUCUAUAUCUUCUGAUAAGAAGACCAAGAGAAGAUAUAGGGUAGAUCGUGAUAAUAUUAAGAUCAACAAGCGAAUCAUGUCAAAAGAUACCGAAGAUGUUAUUGCCAUGUUCAAGAAGUUUGAUGAUGAGGUUCUCACCAACCCAGAAGCACGUCAACGACUACUUUCUCUUGGGUUUGAAACAAGGAAACGAUACAUUACCACAUUCAAACAUUAUAUCCGAUUUUGCUGUAAGAAACAAUUACACGACUUUUUCGUCACUGGUGAGUUGAUGAAAGAGUUUUAUGAAGAGCAAUUUGCCCUUUCAUCAUCCAAUAAUCCCGUCAUUAGGCUAAGAAAAAUGGAUCCGGCAUUUUCUAAAUUGCAGGAAAUCAACUUUUUGGUCUAUCAUUUGAAAAAUAAGGAAAUCCCCAAUAGGAAUAUAGCAUUGGAAUAUUUGGUACUUAAAGAAUUGGAAACCCAGGAGUUUGUAAAUGGCAAUUCAACUAAGUUAUCUGGUGAUGACGAGGAUUCAAAACGCAAAUCUCCAAGACGAGUUGUUGUCAGAAGACCACCAAAAGUUAAGAAUGUUUCAGAAGAAUCUUUAGAAUCCCUGCAGUAUAACGAGUUUUCAGAUCAAGAAGAGGUUAAAUUAGGUCCAGAACAUGAGAAAAAUAUUCAACAAUCACAAAUAGGAGAAGAAAUGUCAUUUGUGACUACAAUUGACUCUAUACCUGCACAACUGCCACUAAUUCAAACCGUUGACAUGACUGCACUUCGUAACCAAUUUAACAAGAUGCGUAAUGAGAUCAAUGAAUCUCUACAGCACAAAAUAUCCGAUGGGGAACUCAAAUCAGAAAUUGCUCGCAGCAUCAAUGAAUCAUUAUCCAACUUUGAAUUCUUGAUUCACCCGGUAAUAUUAACCCCUCCUCCUAUUAUAGAAAUGAACCAUGAUCUACACACUGUACAUGAAAUCUGUCAAGAAUGGUUCACCAAAGAACCUUCAAUUCAGACAAGACUAGCACGUUGGGGAAAAGGUUGGAUUAGAGACCAGAUUGACCAUUCAACGUUCUUGGAACGUAAGGCAAUUGUUGAAUUUGUUGAAAGAAUGAGUCGAGAAUGUGGUGGCAUUGAUGUAUUUGGUAUUGCUACUGAUGUUGAUAUGUAUAUUCGAGACAAGUCAAUUUUAGAGGAGUUUAUAAGUGAGAUUGAAUUAGAUGUAGAGAUGUUAUUCAAGAAAAUUAUGACAUAUAGACAGAUAAGAGGAUAAGCUAGAUACCCUUACUUGACAGCUUCUUGAAAGUAAGGGAUGAAUUAGUUACACUUGUGCUUGGCAUCGACUUGGCAAUAAGGUAUGAACAAGGGGGGUUUCAAAGUUAUAUUAUUUUGUUGGGUAUAUUGAUACACAAAUGCGGGGGGGAGAGGCUUGGGAAUGAUAGAUCCGUAUCGUUCGAUUUUUAUCACAGAUUAUCGUUUCGUACAUAGGUUGCUACGGGGCGCAAUUGCUUUGGUUUGUAUAAAUGUGUAUUUAUUAGAU